AUCAACCUGUCACCUGUCAAAUGCCACAUUUUCCAAAUAAACAAAUUUUAUUUUAUUUUUAAACUCAUGAAAAUAUGAGUUUUGCAGAAAAAUUACUUAAAAAAUAUGGAUGGAAAGAAGGCGAAGGUUUAGGAAAAAACAACGAUGGCAUAUCUGUCCCUCUUAAAGCCAAUCUCAAAUUUGAUAAUGCUGGUCUAGGAGUGGAUAAAGCUGACGAAUUUAAUAAUCACUGGUGGGAGCGUGUAUUCAAUGAAGCUGCUAAUAAUGUUGAAAUCCAAAAAGACGGUGACAAAGUUGUUGUCAAUCGAAAAAAUGAUGAAUCUGUUGAAAUUACAACAAAAGAAUACUCCACUCGCAAGUUGAAGAAGAAAACAGUUGGUUCUUAUGAUAAUUUCCUAUCAUCUGCGACAUUGAUCAAUACGGGAGAUGAAGUGGCUAAUCCUUUUAAGAUUGACACCAAAGAAAUCGAGGUGUCAUCUUAUAAACCUCUUACAGAUGAGGAACUCUUUGCAGCAUGUGGCGGAAGAACAGCUCAUAAAGGUGCUCGACAUGGUCUCAAGCUGUCUGGGAAAUUGGCCCGAAUAGAACAGCAAGAAAAAGAAAUGCUUUUAAAAAUGCAAACAAAUCCCAUUGAGGAAAUUCCCGAUUCGUGGACUGUUGUAAAGAGCAAGAAGAAGAAAAACAAAAAGAAAUCUGAAGAAGAAGAAAAAGCUUCAGUACCUGAAGAAGAUUCAAAAUUAAAUAGUUUACUCUUUACCACAGAAUAUUGCAUAAAAUCAAAGAAAAAGAGAAAAGAACAAAAGAAAACUGAAGAGAAACUAUCAAACUCUUUGGUUUCGGUUUCUUUGGAAAAAGAAAACGAUGACGAGACAUUGCUUGCUUUGAGUGAGAAUUCCAAGGCUAUUAAGAAACUUAAGAAGGAGAAAAAGUUGAAGAAGAAAAAUAAAAAGAAUUUAAACAACGACUCAUAUCGAGAGCAAAAGGAAACAGAACCAAUUGAAAUUGAGGAGGCUUCUCCUGCUCAAGAAGAUGUAGAAACAAAUGAGUCUAUUGAAGUACCUUUGAAGAAGAAACAUAAAAAAUGCAAACAUGGAAUUGACAAGGAUGCAAAGGAAGCGCACAAAAAAGCCAAAAAGAUAAAGAAAAAUCUUAAGCACAUAACAGAGGAUUUGGAACGAUCUAUUCUUGUUGAAACAUAGGCACAAUUUAGGAGUAUAUAUAAAAGUUACUAUUGGGGAUUAUUGCGAAUAAAAAUUUCCCUGGUAAUAGUUUAACUUCUUCGAAAUUUAGAAAUGUAAUUGAUUUACUUCGGAAUUGAUUAUAAAACUGCCAACGAAUUUUAAUCUAAUUUCUAGAGGAGAUUCACGAGAGCAGUACAAAUUUCUAGAGGAGAUUCACGAGAGCAGUACAAAUUUGAAGGAGGGAACACAUGUUUUCAGGGAAAUUAAAAUUCCUCGUGAUAUGUACCCAAUAGGGCACUUAUGUACCUAGUUUAUAUUUUUUUCUGUACCAAUAAAAAUAUUUUAUUUUUUGAAAA